CAAACCGAGGAGAUUUCCUAUAGAUUUGUUCAGGCUUACAUUAAGACCGGGAUAGUUCCACCUAUCACCCUGCCCCCUGUAGAAUGUGCUGACCAAGGUGAAAAUGUGUUUCUACUCAUAAUGGUGCCUAGCUCAGUAUCAAACUUUAAACAGAGAGAUGCCAUUCGUCAGACGUGGGGGAACGUUUCAAAAGUUACACCGACUGUUCAAGUCAACUUUGUCUUGGGUAAAAGUAAAAAUCCAGCUUUGCAAGAUUUAGCAGAAACUGAAAAACUGAUUUACAACGAUAUUAUAUUUGAAGACGUUCUAGAAACGUACGAGAAUCUUACAAGAAAAUCUAUAGCUAUUUUACGUUGGACGGUUUCAUUUUGCAACCGAGCUCGUUACCUUUUAAAGAUUGACGAUGAUAUAUUCUUAAAUCUUCCCAGACUUUUGAGUUAUUUAACGGAAUUUUCUCAAAUUAACGCAAUUCUUGGAUGUAAAGUCACCCAUUCUGCACCAUAUCGAAAUCCAUUUUCUAAAUGGCACGUUUCACGUGAUCAGUAUGAGGACAGAGAAUAUCCGGAAUACAUAUCCGGAACUGCUUAUCUUAUUUCCGGUGAUAUUAUUUACGAUCUCUACCAAGCAACACAAAAGGUUCCUUAUUUUAUAUUUGAGGAUGUUUUCAUAACCGGUUUGUGCCGGAAACAAAUCGGUGCUGUCGCAAAAGAACAUCAUGAGUUCAGUUGCGGUAGUCGUGAAAUUGGGCCCUGUGGAAGGAACUUUAGGUAUAGGAUUACAGGUCAUCACUAUACCCCACCGGAGGUGAAACGAAUGUGGGUAGAACUACAAAACAGAUGGUCGGACUGUCGUUUAGUGGAUUACUUCUUUAUAUAUAAUUUGAUUGAUAUUUUAAAAUGGAUAUUUCUUUAG